AAAAUAAACUUCUGUGCUCGGCGGCGCAUGUCACACAUCACUGAAUUAUAAGAUACUGCAACUGAAGGGAAGCUGUUAGUCGAGCGAUAGAAGAGUGUUGAAUGGCUACAAGCUCACGAUACGACGAAUUACGGCCUGCUCUCCACAUUAACGUCGAUGUACCGACACCAAGCAAGAAGCAUUACUUGGAUUUGAGCUCUCUCUCUGUCAAUUUUCCCAGCAAAGGAGGCUGCCCUCAAAGAUUUAGACGUUAUGAUGAUAUACACAAGAUGUUGUCUGCACUAAAGAGAGGAGUCAAUCCAUCAUUAAUAUUUAAUGACCAACUGAAGAAAGUCAUUGUACUGCAGGAAUCAUUAGAGAUACUAUUUUAUGAGCCAAUUAUGAACGACAUCUUAAUUGAGAGCAGCUUCUUCUCAAGAUAUUUACAACUUCGUGAUCAAGGUCUGUUGGUUACUGUGAUGCUCUAUGACUUUCAAAAGCACAAGUUUUGUCAGCGACCACCUAACCCAAGUGACACCCUUCCUGAGAACAUGAGGUUUGUUGCUGAAGCUCUUUGGGGUCAUAGAGUGAAGCUCGGUGCAACACUAGCUAGAAUGAGAAUUGCUGAAGGAGCUCAGUCUCUUGCUCAGUUGCUCCCUCCAGUGAAACAGGCCCACCACAUGUCAGUCUCAGGAGUGCCAGUGUAUGCGAGGAUGUGCUGCCUCCCAACUAGUGAGGAGUGGACUUUAGCUAUGUCUGAGCUCCACAGUGCAGGGAUCAGUUUUGUACAGGAGAAAUCCCAAUUAAAAUCAACUCCUAACUCAGCUACUUUCAUCACCAAAGAUCUUCUUGCAUUCUCUCCCGACUGUCGCUCCAUAUUGUACAAUGGCACAUUGAGAGAUGGACCAAUAUCAGUAGUGCGUCCACAGGACUUUACAAGCUACAUGUCAAUUGAGAAACUUGGUUCCAAGAUGAACACGCUCAGCGAGUAUGAGAGUGAUGUCAUUGUAACCAACUGCGACAAUGGUACUAUACCAGCUCAUGUCUCAUCACUAAUGAAAGGGAAAGGUAAAGUUAUUGUGUUAGGAGCCACUCCAGCUAACAUAAGGACUAUUGAGAGCAACUUAGCAGCAAUAUCAGUGAAGAAUGUACAGCUGAUACCAGUUCCUUUUCCUAAUGUUGAUCCAACUGACUCAAUGUUCUCCAAUGCUGGUCUGAUCAUAUGCAAUGUCCCAUCCUCUCUCUCAUCAAUACUCAAUCCAAUUGACUACAUCAUGCAGGAAGGAGACGAAUACACAGCCCAGCUACUCAAAGCAGAACACAUAGAUAUGGUAGCAUUGAUUCAAGAGCAGAAGACAUGUUUGAGUCAUGCACUCAAGUUCCCUCAGGCUAAGUAUGUAGCAUAUUUCACGAGAUCAAGCAUGGCAGUAGAGAACAGUGAUCUAGUUCAAGGAGCGUUGAGCAGUCACACUGCAGAGGCUGAGGGUCAUCCUGAGAUACAUCAAUAUGAGAUUGACUCAACAUCAGGUGCAGAUGAUAAAGGAUAUCUCUGCUUAUUAAAGCAACUGCCAAGAGUCCAGCCAGCAGCCAGUGAUGUUAUAGCCGAGGCUAUACUGAGGGGAGUACUGAGUGCUGAUGGGAUCAACGAAUACAGCAUAGCCCAACAGGAAAAGAAAAAGAAGAAACCAAAGAAGAGAAUCUUCUCACAGCAUGAGGGGAUACCAAUGACGUUUGCAGCUCAACAGAAAGUGGUUCAGAAGAAAUACGAGAGCUUCGAAAAGCCAAAACCAUUCAUUUAAUGUAAUGACAAUAAUUAUUAAUGUAAUGUCUACUAAUGUAUUCUCUAUUGCCACCAAUCUAUCACUUAAUAAUGGUUAAUAAAAAUAAUUAAUUUUUU